AACCUUAAGUUGAACAUAACGCCAAUGUAGUCUGCUCAGUUACACUCAAAGGUUCAGCUGUGUAACAGGCUUCAGAGGCAUAAAAAUACGAACUCAACGAAAUCGGUAGUGAACUAGAACUUAAAUAUUUGAAUUUUUAAAUUAAUUUUUUGUAAAGACAUAAAACAUGGCCGAUGAAGCACCAGCUGCACCACCCGCCGAAGGUGAGGCACCAGCAGCACCCGCCGAAGGCGAGGCACCACCACCAGCUGAAGGCGAAGCCCCACCAGCUGAACCCGUUAAGAACACCUACACUCUAUUCUAUUUCAAUGUCAAAGCCUUGGCCGAGCCAUUGCGUUAUCUCUUCGCCUAUGGUGGCAUUGAAUACGAGGAUGUUCGUGUAACUCGCGAUGAGUGGCCAGCAUUGAAGCCAACCAUGCCCAUGGGUCAAAUGCCCGUUUUGGAGGUUAACGGCAAGCGUGUUCAUCAGAGCAUUUCAAUGGCCCGUUUCUUGGCGAAAACUGUGGGCUUGUGCGGUGCCACACCCUGGGAAGAUCUACAAGUUGAUAUUGUUGUCGAUACCAUCAAUGAUUUCCGUCUAAGUAGCGAACAAUUCGUUUCCUACGAACCCGAGGAUGAAAUCAAGGAGAAGAAAUUGGUCACCCUUAACAAUGAAGUCAUUCCAUUCUAUUUGGAGAAAUUGGAACAAACCGUCAAGGAUAACGAUGGUCAUUUGGCAUUGAACAAGUUAACCUGGGCCGAUGUCUACUUUGCCGGCAUUUUGGAUUACAUGAACUACAUGGUGAAGCGUGAUAUUUUGGAACAAUACCCAGCAUUACGUGGCGUCGUCGAUAGUGUCAAUGCCUUGGAACCCAUUAAGGCCUGGAUUGAAAAGAGACCACAAACUGAAGUCUAAACAAAAUUUCAAUUUCUCUUGCAAAGCACCAACAACACCAGCGGGGAUAUAGCGAAAGAAAAACAAAAACAUUUAUAUGAAAAACCAACACUAACUAAAAAUCAAAACAACACCAACAACAAUAUACAAUUUAACAUCAACAACAACAACAACUGUAUUGUUUUACACUUAACACUUUGUUCCUUUCUUUUUUUGUAAUAAUAAUAAUAAAAUAAUAUGAAGCAUACAUCAUAAAGAUAACAAUAAUAAUUACAUAUAUAUUAUUAAUAAUAAACAAAACUAUAUAAAAAACUAACAUUUUUGUUUAACCAUUUUUUUGUUUUGUUUUUUAAUUUUAUCUUUUUUAAUUAUUUUUAAUUUUUUUCUUAAUGGCAUGGACUAUUAAAGCAUUAUACCACAUGUAUCACACACACAAAUACCUACAUAUUUGUCAAUGUAGUAGGUGAUUUCCAUUUAUUGGGGCUAAUGGAAAUCACAACUGGCUAUGUUUUGUAUCUGUUCUCUAUGUUAAAUGUGGACCUUAACCAAAACCCAAUUCUGACCCAUUGGCUAUGGCAUAAUGGCUUAACGAUUUUCGAUACUUUAUGCGAAAUCCAUGGCAUCGGACAAGGGAUACCAUGGAUUUUCUUGACAAUAGAUUUUUUGUUGGUAGCUAACAACACAAUUUUGCGUUGUGGUAGUUUGUAGUUUGCAUGCAACAAAAAUAAUAUUAUUUUCUCUCAAUUUUUAUUUACUUACACUCACAGAUAUGCAACAAGAUCUUAAUCCUAAGGAUAUUUAAAUUAGAUGUAAGGAUGCAAUGAAACUCUCGUUUAGAUAUUAACAUGUUUUAGAUCUAAGAUUAUAAACUUAAAUUAGGUUAGGUUGAAGUGCUGUGCUUGAACAACAGCAGCAGCAAAAAUAUACAUUUAAAACUUUCACCCAAACAGGAAACCACUCCAAACAAACAAACAAAAAAAAAAAAGAAAAAUCAAACAACCAGCUAACAGCUAUAAAAAGCUCGUUUCACCACACUCCCAAUACAAUACCAAAAUAACCCACAACAAUGAAAACCAUUCACAAUUUUCAUCUUCUCAUUUAUAUUGCCAAAAUAACAACAGCAAAAAAACUGAUCAGACUUUAAAACCAUAUGAAAACCCGAAGAGUAUUGAGUAUAAAAAGACUCAAAACUUUACUUUGGACCCUUAAACACAAAAUUUUGCAACAACAACAACAAUAAUAAAAAUAACAACAUAACAGACAAACGAAUAUUGUAUACGAACAGCAAGAGCACAAUUAUACUAUUAUCCAUGUCAUCAAAAACAUCGACAAGGAUACAUACAAUCUAACAAUCGCUUAACACCGCCGAUUGGCUUUGAAAGAGCAAAAAACACAAUGCAAUUACAGAUUUUCUAUUGCUUUCAAAACAGUAAGUUAGACCGACCGGAAGGAAACUGAACUUGAAUCAAGUGUAAAAGGAAUUUGUAAUUGUAAAAUGUAUUUUUAUAUUGUGAAAAAAAGAGAUUUUUUUUAAAUAAAAAUACAACAAAAAUUUAUGAGCAGAA